AUGGGCAAGGACGAGUUCAAGGACGGUAUGUCUUCAUCGCCCCCCCAUCAGCGACAUCAUCCUGCAGGAGUCUCUUAGGCGAUGCGCGAGGAUCUCGUCAGCAUCGAGCCCGUUAGGCACUGCUCUCAUGUCUUCGUUGGCGUCUGCGCUCUCAGGGCGCGAGAUACGAUGCCUCUGCGCUCCCGCCGAGAUCCUCCCUUUGGGCCUGUUGCACGCUACUUAGAUUGGGAUUCAUACUGACGUAGUCUAGGUGACGCCAAGAAGGGCGCCAACCUUUUCAAGGUACGCAUCACGAAUCCUGAGCCGAGCGCCGAUGCUCGACGUUCGACUGGAACGGUCCGAUAGCAGGAGCGGCGGCUGACUUGGGGAACAGACAAGAUGCGCACAGUGCCACAACUUGAAGGAAGGUGAGGGCAACAAGAUCGGCCCUAACCUUCACGGGCUUUUCGGUCGUCAGACUGGUCAGGUCGAGGGUUUCUCGUACUCUGACGCCAACAAGCAGAAGGGUAUCACCUGGGAGGAGAGCACUCUGGUAGGCAACACAAUGGAGAGCAUUUGUGGGAAUGCCAGCUGACAAUGGCAACAGUUUGAAUACCUCGAGAACCCAAAGAAGUACAUCCCAGGCACCAAGAUGGCGUUCGGCGGUCUCAAGAAGGGCAAGGACAGGAAUGACCUGAUCACCUUCCUCCGGGACGAGACGAAGUAA